AUGGCUGUCGGCCUUGUUGUUAUUCUGACAUCCUUGUUGCCCUGUCUACACGCCUCGUUGCCUGUUAUGGCUAGUGUCAGUUUUACCGGGAUGCACGACUGGGGAAACAGAUUCGAGGGCACGCUUGUGUUUCCGGUAGAAGAGGAGGUGUAUGGUUGGAAGGUUACGAUAGAUUUUAACUAUCCCGUCAUCCUACAGCUCAGCCACGAGAAGACAACCAUUCACAGUUCUUCAUUUGACAAAAAAAGGUUUGUGUUGGUCAACAACCUCAGUCACGGAAUUAUGCAUGACAAUUCCACGUUGGCAAUGACUAUCGGCGGCCAGUACAACCGUUCGACCUCUGACCCUCCAAUAACAGCCACCGCAACAUUCGUGAACCUUAUACAUGACGGCCAAGUCGUGAUUUCAGCAUCACCAGCAGUCCCGUCCGAGAAGUACAACUAUGCUGAGGUUCUGGAGAAGUCGAUUCUUUUCUAUGAAGCUCAGCGGUCAGGUAAACUACCUCCUACUAACAGGAUACCGUGGAGAGGAGAUUCAGCACUGCUCGAUCUCGGCGAACAUUUCGAGGAUCUCACUGGGGGGUGGUAUGACGCUGGUGAUCACAUCAAGUUCGGCUUUCCUAUGGCUGGAAGUGUAUCAAUGCUGGCCUGGGGUCUUAUUGAGUUUAAGGACGCUUAUGCUGCCGCUGGACAAUUGGACUAUAUGUAUGAUUGUAUCCGCUGGCCUCUCGAGUGGUUGAUGAAAGCCCAUACUAGUCGUAACGAGCUUUAUGUUCAGGUCGGGCAGGGUAACCUUGACCACCGUUUCUGGGGAAGACCAGAAGACAUGGCAAUGGCACGACCACCCUAUAAAAUUACUGCACAAAGACCCGGAAGUGACGUAGCUGGCGAGUACGCGGCAGCCAUGGCGGCAGGUUAUAUUGCAUUUAAGGACAAAGAUCCCAAUUUCGCUGCUGACCUCCUGAGACAUGCCAAGGAAAUCUAUACCUUCGGUCUGGAAUACAACAGUACGUACACUAAAAGUCUUCCUCAAUCAGCAGCCCAGUUCUAUGGGUCCUCGGACUACGAUGAUGAAUUGUGUUGGGGAGGGGCAUGGCUUUAUUUAGCCACAGGAGAAGAAAAGUAUCUUAAUGACUCCAGGAAAUAUCAUCGUCCAGGAACGAGCUGGGGACAGUCUUGGGGUAACAAGGAGUUAGGUUGUAAGGUGCUGCUCCACAAUGUCACUGGUGAUGAUAAAUAUGCGGCCGACAUUAUCGGCACGUUCGCGGAUUGGAUGCCAGGAGGCACGGUUCCCUACUUCAGCAGUGGUCAAGCGUUUCGUGACAAAUGGGGAUCUCUGAGACAUACCGCCAAUAUGGCGUUUGUGGCUUUAGUAGCCGCUGAGCAUGGACUUCAUAGUACCGAAUACCGCGCAUGGGCAAAGUCGCAGAUCCAUAUCGCUCUUGGUGACACCGGAAGAAGUUUUGUGGUAGGCUUUGGAGUAAAUCCACCCAGUCAUCCUCAUCAUCGGUCAAGUUCCUGCCCGAUGAUGCCAGCACCUUGUUCCCAGGAGGCGUUGACAAGGCCAGAACCAAGUCCACACACUGUAUACGGUGGCCUGGUGGGAGGACCAAGUCAUGAGGGCGGUUAUAAAGACGACAGGCAAGAUUAUGUCCAGAACGAGGUUGCCUGUGAUUACAACGCAGGUUUCCAGUCAGCCGUUGCAGGCCUAAAGCAUCUCUCUAUUACCGGUCAACUGCCUUAA